AUGCCAGGUCCGCUAGCGGCAGAGGAGGCGGCAGCGGCGGUUGCCGCGCAGAAUUCGCCGUCGAAUCCGGCAGUCGACGAGGAGGAGGGAUUGGGAGAUGACGUGGAGGAAGGCGAGGAAGCAGCAGAGGAGAAAGGGGCGGGAGGACAGAAGAGCAAGAAGAAGAAGAAAAAGAAGGGCAAGAAGGGAGGAGGGGCGCAGCAGCAGGGGCAGGAGGAGGGUGCGGGUGGGGCCGUGGAGAGUGGGCAGGCAGCAUCGAAAGCGGAAGGAGCAGGGGAGGGAGGGGCGGAAGGGGAGGGCGCUGAUGGUGGCGGAGCAGAGGAAGCGGGUGAAGGCACAGUCACCAAGAAAAAGCGCAAGCCCAGGAAGAGGGGUGGCGCAGGGGCAGCAGCAGCGAAUGGCGAUGCAACAAACGGGGAAGCAGCAUCAUCAGCAGGAUCAGCAGUGGCAGCAUCAGCAACAGAAUCUGCAGCAGCAGCAACAACAGCAGGGCCGCGAGUUCAGACGGAUCCUCCCAGUGUGCCGGUGAAGGGCCUUUUUCCCGAUGGGCUCUUCCCUCAAGGGGAGAUCUGCGACUACAAGGACGACAACCUGUGGCGCAAGACAAGUGCAGAGAAGCGCGAGCAGGAGCGUCUAGAGUUCCCCAUCCUGAACGACCUCCGGCAGGCCGCGGAGGUGCAUCGGCAGGUGCGCAAGUACAUGAGGAGGGUGAUCAAGCCGGGCAUGCUGAUGACGGACCUGUGUGAGACGCUGGAGGACACGGUGAGGCGCCUCAUUGCCGCCAACGGGCUGCACGCCGGCAUCGCCUUCCCCACCGGCUGCUCCCUCAACUGGGUGGCGGCCCAUUGGACACCCAAUGCAGGAGACAAGACAGUACUGCAGUAUGAUGACGUCAUGAAGCUCGACUUUGGCACGCACAUCAACGGCCGCAUAGUGGACUGUGCGUUCACAGUGGCGUUCAACCCGCAGUACGACCAGCUGCUGGCAGCGGUCAAAGACGCCACCAACACGGGCGUGCGGGAGUGUGGCAUUGACGUGCGCCUGUGUGACGUGGGGUGUGCGAUCCAGGAGGUCAUGGAGUCGUACGAAGUCACCAUCAACGGCAAGACCUUCCCUGUGAAGGCAAUCCGCAAUCUGAACGGGCACAGCAUAGGGCCGUACCAGAUCCACGCGGGGAAGAGUGUGCCGAUCGUGAAGGGCGGGGAGGCGACGCGCAUGGAGGAGGGGGAGCUGUUUGCCAUCGAGACGUUUGGGUCCACCGGCAAGGGCUACGUGCGCGAGGACCUCGAGUGCUCGCACUACAUGAAGAACUUUGACGUGGGGCACGUACCUCUCAGGCUGCCACGUGCCAAGCAGCUAUUGGCCACAAUAGACCGCAACUUUGGCACAUUGGCGUUCUGCCGGCGCUAUCUGGACCGCUUGGGCGAGACCAAGUACCUCAUGGCGCUCAAGAACCUCUGCGACGCCGGAGUGGUGCAGCCGCAUCCGCCGCUGUGUGAGACCAAGGGCAGCUACGUGGCACAGUUUGAGCACACACUCAUCCUGCGCCCCACCUGCAAGGAGGUGCUCUCACGGGGAGAUGAUGAUUUUUAG